AUGCCGAGAAUUGGUGUAUUUACAUUGGACACCACCAAUCCGCGAUUCUACACGCUCAAUGGACGAAUACAUGUAAAGCUCGCUCUUCUGAUCAUCAUCAUCAUUUUCGUGUUUUUGGAGAUCAGCGAAUGGAGUACGUAUAUCUUCGUGGAUGAGGUCGGCGAGAAAAUUGAAUGGUCGGAAGCGUUGAUGGCGGUUUUUCAAUUGAUUAUGGUGGCUUGUAUGAUUUUGGGAUUCGUCCAUGAAAAUCAACACUGCUUAAUUCCAUUCAUUGUUUUCAUGUUUCUGACCGUUACAACAAUGGGAAUUUGGAUUUGUCAUUGCAUUUUCUUUGCGUUCUUCCCGUACGCGAAAAACGCGGAAAAAUUCUUUGGCUUCAAACAGUCAACCACAUUGUUGACCCGCGAAAAAAAUAUCCUUCUUCUUCUCGCUGUCAUCGUGGCCUUCACGACAUUAUUCUCAUGGUGGCUUCAAGUUGGACUCGUUUGCUACCAAUACUUUGAGAGCCGCACUAAUGAGAAGCGCGUCGAAAUGUCGACAUUGGCAACAAAUAGGCCAAGUCUUGGUUCAUCGACGCCAGCCGAAACCACAAAAAAUCAAAGCAACGAAGAGCAGCAAAAUAGUAAUGGAGCAAUAUCGUUCCCGAACCAAAACUUUUCAAUUUCCGAUGAUGAGGAUGACGUGAAGGUUUUCGAGAAGAAGUCCGGACCUGAUAUUGUUUAA